UUUGGAGCCAGUUCAAGCUUUCAAAUAUGAAAGCUCUAUCUGCACAUGUGUUGCAUAUAACCUAAUAAGUAAAUAAGUAAAAAAAAGUAUUACAUUAUUACGGGGAACAUUUUAUGUUUUAAAGAAUUUUAUAUAUUGGGCAUUUUAAUAUAAAAAUUUUACUAAUUUGGAAAUAGACAUUCAAAAUGCGGAAUACUAGCAAUAGAACUGAGAAAAAGAAACUUUCUUGGAUAUGUAGGAAGAAGAUAAAAUUACAGAAAUCAAAGAAAUCGACACAAGAGAUAGUUGACAAUACAGAUGAAAAUAAGAAACCUAGGAUUAUUGUACGCAAUAUACCAUUUAAGACAACUCCAGAAGAUGUGAAAAAAUUGUAUGAACCAUUCGGAGAAAUAUUAGAAAUAAAUUUUCCAAAGCGGACAGAUGGUUCCCCAGUUGGAUGUUGUUUUAUUCAAUUUAAACAGCUAAAAGAUGCCUCAAAAGCAAUAUUUAGUACAAAUAAAAAGGAAUUUCUUGGUAGAAUAAUAAAUAGUAGUUGGGCUGUUUCAAGAUCAAAAUACUGUGAAAAAUUGAAAAAAGAUUCAGAAAAAGCAAAAAAUUUGGAUAAUGAACAUGGUACAAGUGAGGGUACAGAGAGAAAUCAAGAUAAAAAACAUGAAAAUAAACAAAUGAAACAGGAUGAAGAUGAAGAAGAUCCAUCUAAACAGGAAACAUUAUUACAAAUAAAAAGGGAAAGGAGAAGAUUGCUUAAGGACAAAAAUAGAAAAAAGAGAGCAAGAAUUGUAAUAAGAAAUUUAUCAUUUCAGGCAACUGAAGAAGACUUGAAAAAACAUUUUUCUCCAUAUGGGGCAGUAGAAGAAAUCAGAAUUUUGAAGAGAAGUGAUGGCAAAAAUAUAGGAUGUGCAUUUUUACAAUUUGAACAUGUACAAAGUGCAGCUAAAGCUAUACAUUAUACAAACUUACAAUCACUUUUAAAUAGACCCAUUAUAGUUGAUUGGGCAGUAUCUAAAAAUAAAUUUGCACAAAAUAAUUCUGAAAAUAAACAGGAAGAUGAAGUUAGAGUAAAGGUGGAAGAUGAAAGUGACAUAGAAGAUACAGAUAAUACAAAACAAUUAAGUUUAAACGGGGAGCUAGAGGGUGAAGAUGAAAAACUUGAUAUUGUCACAGAAAAUGUUGAAUUUGAUAACAAUUGUUUAGAUGAAGUAGAAACAGACAAUGAAAGUGAAAUAUCUGGAAAUAAUGAAAACAAUGAAGACGAAGAACAAGGAAAGAUAGAUAUAAAAGAAACAAAACCACGUUUCAAAUCUCAUGAUGUUUCUGAAGGAAAAACCAUAUUUCUAAAAAACGUACCAUUUUCGGUAAAAAAUGAUGAGUUGAAGAAAUACAUGGAACGAUAUGGACCUGUUUAUUAUGCUCUCGUGUGCAUAGAUCCAUUAACUGAAUUUUCAAGAGGUACAGCAUUUGUUAAAUUUAAGAAUGUUGAAGAUGCAGAAAAGUGUUUAUCAGCAGGGAAUGAACUGCAAAUGGAAGAUCAAAUACUUGAAGCACACAGAGCAUUGGAUAGAAAUGAAAUCGAAAAUAAGGCAAAUUCAAAACAAUACAAACAAAAGGAUUCUAGGAAUUUAUAUCUUGUAAAGGAAGGAGUUAUAUUAGCUGGAAGUUCAGCUGCAGUUGGAGUUUCAGCGACAGAUAUGUCAAAACGGUUGCAAAUAGAACGGUGGAAAUCACAGAUAUUGCGAAAUUUAAAUAUGUUCGUAUCCAGAGUACGACUUGUCGUUCAUAAUUUACCAGCUACGUUAAAUGACGAUAAAUUCAGAAAAAUCCUUGAACGUCAUAGUCCUCCUACAGCGGUUAUAAGAGAGGCACGUAUUAUGCGAGAUCCAAAAAAUGUGGAUCUGAAGGGAGUGUGGAAAUCGAAAGAAUAUGGAUUCGUUUCGUUUACGAAACACGAAGAUGCACUUGAGACUUUGAGAAGUGUGAAUAAUAAUCCAAAUAUAUUCACUCCUAAAAGGAGACCAAUUGUAUCCUUUUCAAUAGAAAACCGAGUAAUGGUGAAUGCUAAACAAAAGAGACUUCAAAAAAGUCGCGAGAAUAAUCCUCUUUGCUCAGGAAACAAAGUUAAAACGAAAGGAGAAGAUACAAACCAAGAAGUUGCAGCGAAACGACUAAAAACUGAAAAUGAGGACAAGUUUAAUAUAAAACCGUAUGCUGGAAUGGUUGGAAAACCUGGUGAAAAUAAAUUACGGUCAAAACACAAUUUAAAAAUUCAAGCAAUGGUGCAUAGUCAAGCAGUAAAAAAAGAGAAAAAGAUCAAAAAGUCUUCUAAAAAAUUAGAAAUAAAAAGGAAGCAGAAAAUUGCCGAUAGAAAUGAAGUUAAACCAAAACAAAGAACGAAAGUAAACCACGAUGAUGUGAAUUUGGAGAAACUUGUAAAUAAAUACAAAGACAAAUUAAAAUCAAUAGAAUUGACAAAAUCUAAAUGGUACGAAUCAUAGAAUUUAAUUGUUACGAUAGGAAUUUUACGAUAAGAAAUUGUACUGAAAAGUUAAUUUCUGUAUACACAUUAUAAAGAAAAAUAAAACGGCAAAACGUUGUAGGGUU